AUGUCCUUGAUCGUUCACCUGUUUUUUGAUGACAUAAUAAAUGGUCAAGCCCCGCAAGUGAAUUUCUCGGUCAAUGGAAGAGUGUACCAUUUGGCUUAUUAUCUAACCGAUGGUAUUUAUCCAAAAUGGGCAACUUUUAUCCAAUCUAUUUCACUUCCACAAGGGCUAAAAGCAAGAUUAUUUGCGAAACGUCAAGAAGCUGCCCGAAAAGAUGCCGAGCGUGCUUUCGGAGUUUUGCAAGCUCGAUUUGCCAUAAUUAAAAAUCCAGUACGUUCUUGGGAUAAAGUCAAGAUUGGAAAGAUAAUGAGAGCAUGUAUCAUACUCCAUAAUAUGAUAGUAGAAGACGAACGAGAUGAAUCCACUACAAAUUGGGAAGAUAAUGUGACCACGAAUCAAUUUGAUGUUUCGGAUUUCCAACAAGGAGAAGGCAACGGAAGUUCACAUGUCAAUCUCGGCUUUUCUCAUAUUGCCAACAGUAUGGAUGUGGAAAAUGACAUUCGUAAUAGAAAAGUGCAUCAAAAACUGAAAGCUGAUUUGGUUGAACAUCUAUGGAAUAAAUUUGGUCGUGAUGAAGACAACAACUGA